AUGGCUGCGCCGGUACCUGUAUCGGCCUCCGAUUGGGCACGCGGCGCCUCCCCGGCGUGAUAGGUCAGGACCACCGCCCCCCUGGCUCCCCAUUGGCUGCUCGGCGAAGCCCGGUCUCCGGGUAAGAUGGCAGCGGACGGACAGUGCUCGCUCCCCGCUUCAUGGCGGCCGGUGACCCUCACCCACGUCGAAUAUCCUACAGGUGAUCUCUCUGGCCACCUCCUUGCCUACCUGAGCCUCAGCCCUGUAUUUGUCAUUGUUGGUUUUGUGACCCUCAUCAUAUUCAAGCGGGAACUGCACACGAUCUCAUUCCUCGGGGGCCUGGCACUGAACGAGGGGGUCAACUGGCUGAUCAAACACGUGAUCCAGGAGCCACGGCCCUGUGGAGGCCCCCACGAGGCAGUGGGCACCAAGUACGGGAUGCCCUCCAGCCAUUCCCAGUUCAUGUGGUUCUUCUCCGUCUAUUCCUUCCUUUUCCUGUAUUUAAGAAUGCACCAAACAAACAACGCCAGGUUCCUGGACUUGCUGUGGAGGCACGUGCUCUCCCUGGGUCUUCUCACCGCGGCCUUUCUAGUCUCCUAUAGCAGGGUCUACCUGCUGUAUCACACCUGGAGCCAGGUGCUCUAUGGGGGCGUUGCUGGGAGCCUCAUGGCCAUCGCCUGGUUCGUCUUCACCCAGGAGGUCCUCACCCCGCUGUUCCCUAGGAUAGCAGCCUGGCCUAUCUCUGAGUUCUUCCUCAUCCGAGACACGAGCCUCAUUCCCAACGUACUCUGGUUUGAGUACACGGUAACCCGGGCAGAAGCCAGGAACAGGCAACGUAAGCUGGGGACGAAACUGCAGUGACCGGUGAGUGUGGCUGGGUCCAGCCUCCAGAUCUGGCCUGCAUGAUGCCUUGCAGGAUGGACAGAAUGACAGAGGGUUGAAGCAGAGACCUCUACAGACCCAAGUCACCAAGUGGAGCCUUUUUUUUCUUCUUUUAAUUUUAAUGAACAAGGUGGACCAAAGGGCCGAGCCGGCCCCUCAACCGGGACCCUGGAGGGCCUGCUGCCAAGGGGCACACGGCCAGAGACCCUCGCUGUGCUGCUGCCAGCCCCUGGUCAGGCGGAAAGCGCCCUCGGCAUGGGCACCGGGGUGUGGCGUAGAGAGGAGGAGGGCUUGCGCCCCUGGUUGCAGGGCCAGGAAAUCCAGGUGGCGUGAAAAAUACACACUAUUUAUUUUUUGGUUUUGUCAAAGGCAGAUGGGCUUUUGGGGACGGGGCGGGAAGGGCCCAUCUGCUCUGCCCUGGAUGCCCUGCACACAGAGGAGGGGCUGAGGUCAGCCUCCCCGGGGCCCUUUGCCCUGGGCCCAGGGGACGGACCGCCGCUCCCUCGGCCUGAGAGGUGGCCUGGGGGCCCAGGAGGAGACAAGCACCCCCCCACGCCCUCCGUGCCACCAAUGCCAUUCCAGAACUUCGUUCAGUGUUUCCUUGUCUGGGGGGCAGGGCCCAGAGAGAGCGCGCAUCUGGCGGCUGCUAUCAUUGUUCUCUACCCCAUGUCGACCCUGCACCACAAGGGCUUUCUCCGGUCCCCUGUCCCCAAGACAAUGGUCCCCUUCUGACAAAAGAGCCUGCACAUGUGGGUGAGCAAACCCAGGCUGUUUACAGCUCUUUUUUGUCCUGCCAUCUAGUAGCAGUUAGUUUUCAUCUCCACCCCAACAAAGGGCAGAGGAACCAGGAGCCGGGUGAGGGGAGUGGAGCCGUGGGUGCGUGAUGUCCCUGUCCUUCCCUUUCCUUCCUUUCCUUCCAUGUGCUCUGAACGUUCCCUUGUCCUUCCCGAUGCCCUCCCGAGAGCCUGGGCACCUGCUCGGGUGCCCUUAAGCCUGCGUCCGGGGUGUGGGUGCCCAGAUCCCCACUGUCCAGCGUGGAACCCGAUCUCUGAAGUCUGACUCUCAGAUGGAGUUGUGGAGAAGAGAUGCUUCCAGACUCUUUGGAAGUUUCGAGAAUUGAACCAAGCUCCUCGGGAGCUGUGUUCUACACCCCCCACGCCACCCUUUUUUCUUUGUGGAGGUUCCUAAUCUGCUGCUGAAGCACAAUAUUCCGGUGCUUUCUUUUCUCAUUUGGUCAAGACAGUGUCCAAAAGCCAUUCCGGAUGCCAGGACCAGGGGCCUAUUUCUGGGGAAGGUCGGUCAGUCCCCACGUUUUCCUCCCCUUCCCUUCUUACUUUUAUUUUUUACUUUUUGCCUGAGACAAGCCAAGUGUGAGGUGGUUUGAUUUAAGAAAAAUCAAUGAAAUUGUUUACUAUUGUUUUAAAAUAAAAUCUUGAACUCUG